CUCUGGACUUUACUUUGAACAGGAUCAGAUCUCGGAGACUUUCUUUUUUUUAAUGCAGAAUGGAUGUGAAGCUGCUGACAGCCGUGGCUGCGCUGACUGUGCUCAUAUUUGCACCUGGCUUUCAGGCAGCAAAGCCCAUCAGCCUGGUUGAGCGUUGCUACUGCCGCACUGCCGUCAACAGCGUCCCACGAGGCUACAUUCGAGAGCUCAGGUUCAUCCACACGCCGAACUGCCCCUUCCAAGUCGUUGCCAAGCUGAAGACAAACAAAGAGGUGUGUGUGAACCCUGAGAUACGGUGGCUCCAGCAGUAUCUGAAGAACGCCAUCAACAAGAUGAAGAAAUCCAAGCCGGGCAUCUGAGUUCCUUCAUGGCAGAUACUGUAUGUAUCUAAUAUGUUAUACAGCACAUAUCCAGCUGCUCUGCUGCAGCCUUUUGCAUGGAMCGAACCUUCAUCUCUUCACCACGAACACCAUCUCAGCUGUGUGUUAUCACCACCACUCUCACCUCUUUUAGCAAAUACUUUUGGUGCUGAGUGCUACUAUCUACGUGAAUSUUUGUUUUUCUAACCAUACUGUAUAUACUUUUUGGUUAAUGGACAUUAAAGAGACGUUUUAUGUUUUUGAACACUUUUCUCUGGCCUUUAAUAGAAAGCACGUGAACUGGGGCAAAAGUGCUUAGAAAGAGAUUUAUGUUCUCAACAAACAUGACUCCAAGUCCUUUUUUGUAAGAGAGUCUGGUUUGUUAAGCCAGUUAAUUAUAAUACUUAAAAUCAUCUAGUUGUAAACAUUUAUGUUUUCAAAUUGUGUAAAAUGGCAAAAAGAAAUUGUUUCUUUCUAGAAAAAGGACAAGUUUAAGUUAAUUGGCACCRUGGAAUUACAGUGGGUACCAGCUGCCCUCAGACUGAACUUGAUAUCCCAAUAGAAACGGCAACUACGUUGUUGUUUUGGGGACAAAACACGAAGCCACAAGAGCUUUUGUGUCUCCUGAGCUGUGCUGUGGCUGCGCUUGUGCAACCCUGAUCCUCCCCAUAUGCUUUCUGUCUGAUGUCAAGAACAUCUGGUUCCUGAAAAACUGUUAAUUAAACAGCCAAUGUGUUCAAAUUUACCGGAAUCAUAAAGUCGAAUCAGUUCACGGAGAAGGGUGUGUGUGUGUGUGUGUGUGUGGUGGUGGGGGGGAGGGGGGUGGCAUCACACCAAUCAGAACGUUUGUGUCAAACGUCUAAGAAGGGCGCACAUCGGAUUAGGACUAGUUUCCAUGUGGGCAGCUAACACACAAACACGGCUAGCUGCUGAGAAAGAAGCCCCAAAUGAUAGAUGUGCUUAGGUGUGACUACCUACAAAUGUCGUGCAUGUAUCAAUGCACUUUAUAUCUGAUGUAUAUUCAUGUGUUAAAAAAGAUCCCUAACUCUGAACACUAAUGUCUUGUCUUUUGUCAAACGUUUUAAUGCUUAUUAUCAUUAUGAUUUGCCUUUUUUUUAUCACUGAUGUUUCAUGGCAUUUGCCAGUGAACACCUAAUAAACCUUUACUGUACAUCUAUUCAUUUAAAUCUUUGUAAUAUGUAAAAUUAAUGUUAUACAAAAGUUUAUUUUUGUACUCUUACACUUUUAUAUGUUACAUUUAAAUGAAGGAACUGUACUCUCACAACUGAGCCAUCCAUCUUUUUUUAUUGCAAAACUUAUAUUAAAAAAAACUUUAAAAUGUC